GCGAGCGGCAGCCGCUAGCGAGUCGAGCGCUCUCUGCCCGCUCCAGCAGUUCCGCGCCGGGCAGCGUCAGGACAGCAUGGAGAAGGACGGCCUGAGCCGUGCGGACCAGCAGUACGAGUGCGUGGCGGAGAUCGGGGAGGGCGCUUAUGGGAAGGUGUUCAAGGCCCGGGACCUGAAGAACGGAGGCCGUUUCGUGGCGCUGAAGCGCGUGCGGGUGCAGACCAGCGAGGAAGGCAUGCCACUCUCCACCAUCCGCGAGGUGGCGGUGCUGAGGCACCUGGAGACCUUCGAGCACCCUAACGUGGUCAGAUUGUUUGAUGUAUGCACAGUGUCGCGGACAGACAGAGAAACCAAACUAACAUUAGUGUUUGAACAUGUUGAUCAAGACUUGACCACUUAUUUGGAUAAAGUUCCAGAGCCUGGAGUACCAAAUGAAACCAUCAAGGAUAUGAUGUUUCAGCUUCUCCGAGGCCUGGACUUUCUUCAUUCUCACCGAGUAGUGCAUCGUGAUCUAAAACCCCAGAACAUUCUGGUUACCAGCAGUGGCCAAAUAAAACUGGCCGACUUUGGCCUUGCCCGGAUCUACAGUUUUCAGAUGGCACUUACCUCAGUGGUUGUCACACUGUGGUACCGAGCUCCAGAAGUCCUGCUUCAGUCCAGCUAUGCCACACCCGUAGAUCUCUGGAGUGUUGGCUGCAUAUUUGCGGAAAUGUUUCGUCGAAAGCCCCUGUUCCGUGGAAGUUCAGAUGUUGACCAACUAGGAAAGAUCUUGGACAUAAUUGGACUCCCAGGAGAAGAAGACUGGCCGAGAGACGUCGCCCUCCCCAGGCAUGCUUUCCAUUCAAAACCACCCCAACCAAUUGAGAAGUUUGUAACAGAUAUUGAUGAGCAAGGCAAAGACCUACUUCUGAAAUGCUUGACAUUCAAUCCAACCAAAAGAAUAUCUGCCUACGGUGCCCUGUCUCACCCUUACUUCCGUGACCUGGAGAGAUGCAAGGAGAACCUGGAUUCCCGUCUGCCACCUGGCCAAAACACCUCAGAGAUGAACACAGCUUGAGGUCCCAGUGGCUGCCUCAAGCUGAUUAAACCCACAGUGCCCUUGGUGGCUAGCAGGUGCCCCCUAGGAAGAUCCUGCAGAGCUGAUGAGAUUCACCAUUUACCCAGAGGCUUUCCAUCUGCCAUCUUCUGGAUGCGCUCUGCUUCUCCAAGGAAA